AUGAAUAGUAUGAAUUAUACUUAUGAUCGAUCAAAAACAUUAAUUGUACAACGUCUACAAACUAUUCAACGACAACCUCAACAAGCAUCACAAGCAUUACAAGAUUUCGGUAAUCAGCCAUUACCUCAAUGUCUAUCUGGAAUGAAUCCUCCAUUAGAUUUCACAACAUUAUCAGCAAUGGUUACAGCUGUUGUACGUAAAGCCAUUCAAAAUAGAAAAAAAAUGGAAGAACAAAUUGAAAUAUUAAAACAUCGUAUCCAUUCGAAUUUUUUACCACCAGCAUUCAAUCCUCUUGGUUAUUCACUUGAUAGAAUUGAGAAAAUGCUUAACGGAUCAAAACAAUCUUCUAGUAAUGAUAAUGAUAAUAAGCAACAAACAAUAUUAGCUCUCAUCGCUUAA